UACGCACACUUCACAGGAAAAGGGAAGGGGAGAGCGGUCAGCCGGCACACUGUUAGCAAGAGGGGAACUCUUUUCACAGAACGAACAAAAGGAGAAAGGGAGAUGUGGUGCGCGUCGUGCCUGGCGUCCGCCUGCGCGGGCUGCGCCUGCAACCUCUGCUCGUCGGCGGCGGCGUCCGUCACCCGCCGUUCAGCCCGCCUCGCGUACUGCGGCCUUUUCGCGGCCUCCCUUAUCCUCUCCUUCCUCCUCCGCCAGUUCGCGGCGCCCCUCCUCCAGCACAUCCCAUGGAUAAAUACGUUCGAUCAUACGCCACCAGAAGAAUGGUUUCAAAUGAAUGCCGUUCUUCGUCUCAGCUUGGGCAAUUUCCUGUUUUUUGCAAUAUUUGCUCUCACGAUGAUUGGUGUCAAAGACCAGAACGAUCGGCGAGACGCAUGGCACCAUGGUGGUUGGAUUGCAAAGUUUGCUAUCUGGGUUGUUCUUGUUGUUCUUAUGUUCUUUGUACCGAACAUUGUAGUUAGUGUUUAUGAGAUAUUGUCAAAGUUUGGAUCUGGCUUGUUCCUUCUGGUACAAGUUGUGAUGCUUUUAGACUUCACAAAUAAUUGGAAUGACUCUUGGGUUGAGAAGGAUGAGCAAAAGUGGGAAAUAGCUUUGUUGGUGGUGACUGUGAUUUGCUAUCUCUCCACCUUUGCCUUCUCCGGUGUGCUCUUCAUGUGGUUCAAUCCCUCUGAUCAUGAUUGUGGUCUCAAUGUGUUCUUUAUUGUCUUGACAAUGAUUCUUGCUUUUGCAUUUGCAAUAAUUGCUUUGCACCCCCAGGUCAAUGGGAGCGUUAUGCCUGCCUCAGUCAUUUCUGUUUACUGUGCAUACCUGUGCUACACUAGUCUGUCGAGUGAACCAUAUGACUAUGCGUGCAACGGGCUUCACAUGCACUCUAAGCAGGUCUCGAUGAGCGCCCUUGUCCUUGGGAUGCUCACCACCGUGCUCUCUGUAGUCUACUCUGCCGUUCGUGCUGGAUCUUCCACUACUUUCCUUUCGCCACCGUCGUCUCCUAGAUCUGGUGCGAGGAACCCUUUGCUCGGUGAUGCCAAUGUGGAGGAGGGGAAAGGCAGCAGCGAGGGAAGUGAGGCGCGCCCCGUGAGCUAUUCUUACACCUUCUUCCACCUUAUAUUCGCCCUGGCGAGCAUGUACUCGGCCAUGCUUCUGACGGGCUGGACAAGCGCCACUUCAGAGAGGUCGGAACUGAUGGAUGUCGGAUGGACGACCGUCUGGGUGCGCAUCUGCACGGAGUGGUCUACUGCAGCGCUGUACAUCUGGACCCUUGUUGCUCCGCUGCUCUUUCCUGACCGGGAUUUCUCAUGAGCCUGUCCGUUGCAGUUCAUCGCAGAUUAUUCAUGAAAUGGUCUGCUUUGAAAGAGCUAGCAAAAUACAUGUGUGUAUAUAUGUCCAACAUACUUGUUGCCUUUGAAAGUAUCUACUAGGUUGUACUACCUCCGUUCCUAAAUAUAAGCCUUUUUAAAGAUUUCACUGGGGACUAUAUACGGAGCAAAAUAAGCAAAUCUAUACUUUAAUGUAUGUCUAUAUACAUCCGUAUAUAGUUUUCUAGUGAGAACUCUUAAAAGACUUAUAUUUAGGAACAGAGGGAGUAAUUGUGAAAUCAGUUGCUAUGUAUGUAAGUAAUACUUUGAAGUUAGCAUUGGUCGCUCUCAUGAUGCAUGCAAAAUGGGGAUAUCGUCUGAAUGAAAAUGUUUGGGGGCAUCCAACUUUGCUUA